AUGAAUCUUGUAAAACCAAUAUCAUCAGAUCACGAUCUAAUAGCUUUAGCUAAGAAGCUCAAUGUUCAUAUUGACCACAUUUAUGAGUCAAGCGAGAUCAAAAAGCCUCUUCCAAGGAAAGGAUCGUUCCUGAUUCUACUACGUAAGCCGAGCCAAGACAUAGGUCAUUGGACAGGUAAAUACGGCAUCAGCAAAUACAACGAGAUUCAAACUCAAUCAGCUCACGGCUCUUAUUGUGGUAUUUGGUCGCUGCUAUGGUUAUAUGCAAAGCAGAACAAUCGGAUGGAUCUAUUCAAUAAAUUCAAAGAUUUAAAUAUUUUUGUUGCAGAUUAG